CGUCCGUAAAAUAUAAAAUUUUCAAAUCCGUACGCGUUCCAUUAGCUAACGGGGUCGUUAAAUUCGAGGCCCUACCACAUUUAACAAAGACCAAAUAAGAAGAAAAAAAAAAUUACCCUAAAAAGUUUCAUUAAACAUAAACACUUUGAUGUAUAUGCUAUAGAAAAUGGUAAUGGUAUAUUCAGCAGCAAAGGUGGAAAGUUGAACAGGUACAUGAUUAAGAGGGCAAAGCACUGCAAAAGCGCCCCCCUCUAGGCCCCCCACAUCCGCCACCUCCUCAGUAUCCAUUCUUAGGGUUUUCAAAAUUCAUACCGCCAAAUCGAAGUUACGGCUCUGCUUUGCAUGAGCCGGAUCUGCAAUCGGAGCUCCAUUGCCGGAUCGAGCGCUGCGCGGCCUUAUCGGCUCCCCCACCGGCAAUGUCGGCGCCCGAAGCCUCCCCCUCCGCAUCCGGAUCCGACGACACUCAUGUUUCUGGGAAUCAAGAAACAAGUCAGACAGCACAGGAUACCUUAACCGUCAUUGAUUCUCUAAAGAAACAAGUUGUUUAUGACCGCUCUGUCUAUAUAAAGAAACGGAUGGAAGAAAAUUCUGAGAAAGUGCUUGAAGUUACAAAAGGUAUUUAUAAGCUAUCCAUGGAAAGAAGAAAUUUGAAGAUUAUUUCUGGUGAUGGAGGUAUCGAUUUACUGGCAAAGAGGCAGAAAGAUGCAAUUGAUAUGCAUAAUGGUAUUGGCACAAGUAAUGGAGAUAAUGAAAGUACUAGCUCCCAAGAAGAUGGAUAUGCCCCUUCAGCGAUUCUCUUGGGAUCAAGUAUUGCAGUCAAGAAUGCUGUCCGUCCUAUUAAGCUGCCGGAGGUGAAAAAGUUGCCACCCUAUACUACAUGGAUCUUUUUGGAUAGAAAUCAGAGAAUGACAGAGGAUCAGUCAGUGGUUGGUAGAAGGCGAAUCUACUAUGACCAGACUGGCGGUGAAGCUCUAAUAUGUAGUGACAGUGAAGAAGAAGCUGCUGAUGAUGAAGAAGAAAAGAAAGAAUUUUUAGAAUACGAAGAUUACAUUCUGCGAACAACCAUCAAAGAAGUUGGUUUUUCUGAUAUGACAUUGGAUUUGUUGGCCCAGUCUCUAUCUAGAAAAUCUGGUGAAAUCAAGGGAAGAUAUGAAGAUCUUAUCAAGAGUAACAAUGCUAUGUGCCGUGUGAACAAUGGAAAUGCUGAAGGCUUUGUGAAUCCAUAUAUUGAUAAAGAUCUUGAUGCUGCUCUGGAUUCAUUUGACACUCUAUUUUGUCGCCGGUGUCUAAUUUUUGACUGUAAACUGCAUGGCUGUUCCCAGGAUCUUGCCAUUUCUGUGGAGAAGCAAGUAUCAUGGUCAAGUCCGGAUGUGGAGAAGGAACCAUGUGGCCGAAAUUGCCAUCGACUGGUUCUCGAGUCAGAGGGUAUGAACUCCAGGCAGGCAAAUUUUGAAGAAAAAGCUUCCCCUGCAUCUAAUGCUGCUGCAAUGCAAAUGCAAAAGAGGAAGAAGGGAGGUACAUCUCUCAAGAAAAAGUCAAAGUCUUGCCAAAGUGAUAGUUCUUCUUCCUCAGAGAUCAAACCUAUUAAUGAUGUAUCUUCAUCAGUAAAGAGUACAUCUGCUGGAAAAUCUGGUGGUGACAAAAGGAGUAGCAAGAGAAUAGCUGAAAAUGUUAUAGACGCCAAAAAGAAAAGACACAAGAAAAUGCCAACAUCGGAUUCUGAUUCUGUUGCUGGUGGUGGUCUUAGUUUGAAAGAUUUAAAACUACAUACUAAUUCAUGCCGAGAGAAUGAAGAUAGUAGUUCUUCUCAGAAAGUGAAAUCUACAAGUUCUAGAAAGUCCAGAAGGAAAGAGUCUUUAGUUCUAGACUUUGAAAAAUCUUUGCAGGAAGAGGCUGUCAGUGAUGCGUCAAAUGAGAGUGAGAGUAAUCAACCCCUGACUAGCAGCGGUGACACCUUAAAGAAAGAAGAAUUUGUUGAUGAAAAUAUGUUUAAACAAGAAAUAAUUGACAAUAAAUGUUGGAAACCAUUUGAGAAGGCACUGUAUGAGAAGGGUAUUCAGAUUUUUGGCCGCAACAGCUGUUUAAUUGCUAGGAACCUUAUGAGUGGCUUAAAGAGUUGUUCAGAAAUCUUCAAAUACAUGCACCAUUCUGAGAAAAAAAUGUUCUCUGAAGAUGGUGAAGGAAUGACCUUUGCCGAUGGCUCUCUAGAAGAAGAUAUUAAUGAAACUGUGGGUACUGGUGCACGAAGAAGAUCGAGAUUUUUACGUAGAAAAGGAAGAGUUCGUCGCCUGAAGUACACAUGGAAAUCUGCAGGUUACCAAUCAUUCAAGAAAAGGAUUACUGAAAGGAAGGACCAGCCUUGUCGGCAGUUCAGUCCAUGUGGAUGCCAAUCGGCAUGUGGCAAAACUUGCCCAUGUCUUGUUAAUGGCACCUGCUGUGAGAAAUACUGCGGAUGUCCAAAGAGUUGCAAGAAUCGAUUCAGAGGCUGUCAUUGUGCCAAGAGUCAGUGUCGAAGUCGACAAUGCCCAUGCUUUGCUGCUGAUAGGGAGUGUGAUCCAGAUGUCUGCCGAAAUUGCUGGAUAAGUUGUGGUGAUGGCACCCUUGGGACACCUUCCCAGAGAGGCGAUAAUUACGAAUGCAGGAAUAUGAAGCUUCUUCUAAAACAACAACAGAGGGUUUUGCUUGGUAGAUCUGAUAUAUCUGGCUGGGGAGCUUUCUUGAAGAAUAGCGUUGGAAAGCAUGAGUACCUUGGAGAGUACACCGGUGAACUAAUCUCACACCGUGAAGCUGACAAGCGCGGCAAGAUCUACGAUCGAGAAAAUUCAUCGUUUCUCUUUAAUCUAAAUGAUCAGUUUGUGCUUGAUGCUUACCGAAAGGGCGACAAACUAAAAUUUGCCAACCAUUCUCCUGAUCCCAACUGCUACGCUAAGGUGAUUAUGGUGGCUGGAGAUCACAGGGUGGGUAUAUUUGCCAAAGAACGAAUUAGUGCUGGUGAAGAACUGUUUUACGAUUAUCGCUAUGAAGCCGAUAGAGCUCCUGCUUGGGCUAAAAAACCCGAAUCAUCGGGAACAAAAAGAGAAGACGGUGCUCCAUCAAACGGCCGUGCCAAAAAGCACACUUAAAAACUCGUUAUUCAUGUCUGAAAAAUGAAGAUAGAUUUUUAUUUUAUUUUUUCUCCGUUUCUGAUUUAAAAAAGAAAAAAGAAAAAAACAUCAUCGAAAACUUUCUAGCUCAAACUUCCUAAUCAUUUAGUUGCUGGAGAUAAAGGUUAAGGCAGGCAUCUCCAGGGUAACCGAAAAACUGAUUCUUUUUGCUCGUGACUACAUUUACAUACUCACCGAAAGCCGGAAAAAAAAAUACAGGAGUAGUCCUUGUUUUCGAUCACAAUUCUUGUGUAAAAUCAAUCUGUUUUCUUUCUUUUUUUGAAAAAUUCUUUCAGCUUAAGCAAAUUUUUAAGACAAAUUUACUUGAAG